AUGGCGACAAACUUUGACUUAAACGAUUUAACUGUAGAACAACUUAUGGCCCUCAGCGAGAUAGUUGAUGAUAGCGAUGUUAGUGACAUUGAUGACGAAGUUGAGGAAAUAUUUACGGAUGAGUUCUAUCGAGUUGCACCUAAGGAUAAGGGCAAAGAUCCCUUUGAAGGACAAAGACUAUUCAUAGACGAAGGCGACCGUUCUACGGAUCCUAAGAAACCAAGACGACUCCCACUUAACUAUAAAGGUAGAAGAGGAAUUAUGCCGACAUGGAAGUAUUCCGAGAGACAAAAGGCUAAGGCCUUACUAGUCGAAGAGGCGUACCAGAGCCUACUAAGUAGGGGAGUCAAAGGUUUACCACCAACAAUGGGAGGAAGAUGGCGAACAGACGAUCCACAGGUAAAUGCUGAAAUUAAGAGACUUGAAAAUGAGAGGAAUCCCAAGCGUCCUAGAGGUAGACCACCAAAGGCCAAGGCUGAUGGUGAAGUAAAGGUUCCUAGAGGAAGACCAGCAAAACCCAAGACUGAUGCUAAAGUUGUGAUUCCCAAAAAGCGUGGAAGACCACCGAAGCCUAAGUCCGACGCUGAAGUUGUAUUUCCCAAAAAGCGUGGAAGACCACCGAAGACUAAGGUAGUUGAAACACCAAAACCUAAGGUUAAAAGGCAAACCGUCGCCGAAAGAUUCAUAAGUCAAAACAGGAUUAAACUUUCAGUUCCUGCAAAUAGUGUUAUUACUCCGACGGGUCCAGGUAAGUUCACAAUCCACGUGAAUCUUAAUAAGAAACCCACAAGGAAAGCUCCUGAAGUACCAAAGGGUGUAGCUCCCUGGAAACCAACACCUAAACCUAGGGAAAGGCCAAUUCCUAAACCAAGAACUAUAUUUCCCAGGGAAAAACCCACUCCUAAACCGAGAACUAUAUUUCCUAGGGAAAAACCUGUUCCUAAACCAAGAACCGUAAAACCAGUGCCUCCUCCAAAGCUACGAAAGCCUGUAAAAGUGUAUAAGGAAGUUAACGAACAGCCCGUAGUGGUCACACCUAAGGAACAUGAAAUAGAUCCAUUCGGAACAUAUCUUGAAAAGCCAUCCCAUAGGAAAAUUGAGACUGCCGCAAACGGUGCUGCCGUAACUUACUCAAUUACUCCACAUUAUACGGAUCCCCUGGACCAGAUGACCGCAAGUAGGCAGGUGGUGAGAGGAAUUCUAGUGAAUGAGUUGAAGAGAAUGGGAGGGUUGAAAUAUACCGAGACAAUAAAGGUAAGAAUGUCAAAGGAGAUCGGUAAUGAUAAGACAAAGAAGGAUUCGAUAUACUUCAAGUCUAAAACUGGAACAGUGACUAACUUUGAGGAUAUCGAAAGUACAGCCGCCCAGAACCAACUGACAAUCCUAUCCAGAAUUGAAACCUUCCAGAACUUAGGCUCAAAUUGGAUUAUUCUGAAUAUUGAAAGCCAUUACGUUAAUAUUGCAAUGUACAAACCUCUAAAGGGUAGUUCUUAUAUGAAAUUACCCGCAGACAUCAUUAAUCCGAAAUGUGGUCUCAUCAACAUGAAAAAUAAUGACAAUAAAUGUUUUAUGUGGAGUCAUGUGAGACACGUGAGACCAAAGGUUAGGAGAGCAACCACCAUUACACGACAGGAUAUCAAGUUCGCUGAAAACCUGGAUUAUGAGGGAAUAGACUUCCCCGUAAAAAUAAGCGAUAUUGACAAAAUUGAGAGGAAGAACAGCAUAAGCAUAUCGGUGUUCGGCUACAAGGGUAAAAAGGUGUUCUAUCCAAUAAGAAACUCCAAGACCAAAUACGACGAGCAUAUGGAGCUGCUGCUCUUAGGUGACGGUAAUGGAAACAACCACUAUGUCCUAAUAAAGGACAUUAACAGAAUGCUGUAUAGUGUAAGUGGAUACGAACACAAGAAGCACUUCUGCCUGCACUGCCUCCACAGCUGUAAGAGCGAAGAGCUGCUGAAGAAGCAUAAGGAGACAUGUCUCGAGGUAAAUGGAACUCAGGCCACAAAGCUUCCCAAGGAAGGAACUAAAAUAAAGUUCAAAAAUCACAGGAACUCAAUGCCUGCACCAUUUGUAAUAUAUGCCGACUUUGAGUCCAUACUGGUUCCAGAAGAGAGAAAAGUUGAUUCUGAAAGCACUGAGGACAAAAGCAGUACGGACCUUUACCAGACGCAUAAGGCUUGUAGUUUUGGGUUAAAAACAGUCUGCCACUACGAUGAUAAGUACUCAGGCAAAUAUGUAAGUUAUGUUGGUGAAGACGCCGCAUUAGUCUUCCUAAAGACCGUACUAAAGGAGUCCAUUAAGUGCAGAGAGACGGUUAACAAAAUAUUCAAGAAAAAGAUGGUAAUUACACCCGAACAGGAAACCGAGUUCUGGAUGACUAGGAACUGCUCAAUAUGUGGUAACGACCUUGGAGAUGAUAGAGUGAGGGACCAUGAUCACGUAACUGGACUUUACCGUGGAGCUGCCCAUAAUAUGUGUAAUCUAAAAUAUAGAAUCACAUGGAAAGUUCCAGUGGUCUUCCAUAAUCUGAGAGGUUACGAUAGCCAUCUAAUUAUGCAAGAGAUCGGUAAGUUUAAGAUGGAUAUUAACGUGAUUCCAAAUAAUAUGGAAAAAUAUAUUUCCUUCUCACUGGGUAAAAGUCUUGUGUUCAUUGACUCAAUACAGUUCAUGGCUUCUUCUUUGGAAGCACUCGUAAGCAACCUUUCACCUGAGGACUUCAAAAUAGUAGGUAAGAGGUGGAAGGGUGAGGACUUUGAUCUUGUAACACAGAAGGGUGUAUUUCCAUAUGAGUAUCUAGAUGACAUCAGCAAACUCAAUACCGAGGGUCUUCCAAGUAAAGAUAAGUUUUACUCUUCACUAUAUGAGUCGGAGGUGAAAGAAGAAGAUUACCAGAGAGCUCAGAAAGUAUGGAAUCACUUUGGGAUGAAAACCAUGAGAGACUACCACGAUUUCUACCUGGAAACUGACGUUCUUCUACUGGCAGAUGUUUUUGAAAACUUCAGGAGAACUUGCUUGGAAAACUACAAGCUAGACCCUGCACACCACGUGUCAGCACCCAGUCUAAGUUGGGACGCAUUCCUAAAACAGUCAGGUGAGGAAAUAGAACUGGUAAGUGAUAUGGAUAUGUUCCAGUUCUUUGAGAAGGGAAUGAGAGGUGGGACAAGUCAUAUUGCUCAUAGACACUCUAUAGCGAAUAAUAAGUAUAUGGAAACGUACAACGAAGAGCUUGAAAACAAGUUCCUUAUGUACCUCGACGCCAAUAAUUUAUAUGGCUGGGCAAUGUCCCAAUCACUACCAAAUGGAGAGUUUGAGUGGAUCGAAGAAGUUGACAAUAUAAACAUUGAUGACUACCUUGGAGACAGUGAAAGAGGUAUGGUUGUAGAGGUCGACAUGGAAUAUCCACAGGAACUUCACGAAUUGCAUAACGGUUAUCCGCUAGCUCCAGAGAGCAAAGAGAUUGAGGCAUCAAUGUUGUCAGACUACGCGAAGGAUAUUGCUGAUAAAUUCCAGCUGACAAUUGGAGGAGUAAGAAAACUGGUAAACUCCCUAGGUCCCAGAAAGAACUACGUCCUACAUGCUCGUAAUCUUAGACUCUACAUGGACCUUGGAAUGAAACUCACAAGGGUUCAUAGAGCGGCUACAUUUAAGCAGUCACCUUGGCUCAAAAACUACAUCGACUUUAAUACGAAGAAACGUUCAGUAGCUAAAAAUGCAUUUGAAAAGAAUUUCUUCAAAUUAAUGAAUAACUCGAUCUACGGAAAGACUAUGGAGAAUCUAAGGAAAAGAGUUGACGCGAAAUUAGUGUCAUCGGAAAAUGACCUCCUAAAACUUACAGCGUCGCCGUGCUUCCAGUCGCAUAGGAUUAUGAAUGAGAACUUAAUAGUUGUAAAACGAACGAAGGAAGUUCUAACUCUAAACAAACCGUGCUACGUCGGAAUGAGCAUCUUAGACUUAUCAAAGACUCUUAUGUACGACUUCCAUUACAAUACAAUUAAGAAGGAGUACGGUGACAGGUCAAAGCUAUUGUUCACAGAUACUGACAGUCUGAUGUAUGAAAUAAAGACUGAUGAUGUGUAUGAGGACUUCAGGAGGAUCGGUGAAGAGCAGGACUGUUGGGACAACUCAGACUAUCCGAAAGAUUCCCCAUACUACUCAGCUCAUAAUAAGAAGGUGAUUGGUAAGUUUAAGGAUGAAGCUGCGGGAGUACCAGUGAUUGAAUUCGUUGGGUUAAGGUCAAAGAUGUACUCAUAUGUGAAGGAAAGUGGUGGAGGUGGAAUGACCGCGAAGGGAGUGAAAAAGUAUGUGAUUAGAAAUAAACUCACUCACGAAAACUUCAAGAACGUAAUCAAGACGAGAGGUUUAAUGAGACAUAAGAUGAACACAAUCCGAAGCAUCAAACACAAAAUUGGAACUUACGAAAUAAAGAAAGUUACUCUUAGCUGUUUCGAUGAUAAGAGAUACCUACUUGAAGACGGCAUCACAAGUUACGCGUACGGACACCACUUAAUAGAAAAAUAAAUUGUUAAAUAAUUCUGAUAAAUAAUAGAUAAAAAAAUGAGUUAAAAAUGGUCUAGAAAAAAAUGGUCUAGAAAAAUUGAGCCCGCGGUUUUUGGGGAAAAUUUGGGAAACCGCUGACCGGAAGUGGGGUGGGAUCGCGGGCUGAAAAAGUGGUCUAGAACCGCUACUUCCUAUACUACUAAAAAGUCAGCCUUUCGCAUGCUUAAUUAAUGCCUUUACCUAAUUUGCUUAUUGCUGACAUAUGCAAAUUAGGCAAAUGCAUUAAUUAAGCAUGCAAAUAGCUGAUUUUUAGGGAAAAUUGUAACUUUGCGUGAACAGUUAAGGGGCUUAAACUAAACCAAAUUGUCUGAAAUUUUGUACAGCAAUUAAAAUCCAGACAAAUUAUCCAUCUGUUAACUCAAAAUAUGAUUGCAGCUUUUAAAUUUUGUGCGCAAGCCAUUUUUAGUUUGUUGGAAAAGACUCUGGUUCAGCUGUAAAAAUUUGAGUUCGAGAAAUUUUUCUCAUUAUUCUACAUUAUUUUUUUUUAUACACCCUGUAUAUAUAUAUGAAACAAUAAUCGCGAGAAAAUGGUAACGGUUAUUCAAUUGGUUUUAAUAGGGCCUUUUCAGCUAAUUCUUGGCCGUUCCAAAGGUGUUUGCUUACGUUUAAGCACAGUUAUCUCAGCCAAUAUUGCAUGAAAAGGUACAUCAAAAUUUAAGUUAAACAUCAUAGAAUAUACGGUGACUUAUUUAAGCGUAAUAGCUUUUUCAGUUUUUGAAUCAUGGUGAAUCAAACUGUCGUACUUUUUUUUGCCCCACCCGGUAUAUAUAUAUAUAUAUAUAGAUAUAUAUAUAUAUAGAUAUAUAUAUAUAUAUAUAUAUAUAUAUAUAUAUAUAUAUAUAUAUAUAUAUAUAUAUAUAUAUAUAUAUAUAUAUAUAUAUAUAUAUGCUGGGUGUUGGUAAUGAUUUCUUCAGGCAAAAGUAAGCUUAAAGUUUAUUAAAGUUUUUUAAGCUUAUUUUUGCCUGAAGAAAUCAUUACCAACACCCAGCACAUAUAUCCAGGCAUGGCAACCAAAACUUUUAUAUAUAUAUAUAUAUAUAUAUAUAUAUAUAUAUAUAUAUAUAUAUAUAUAUAUAUAUAUAUAUAUAUAUAUAUUUAUUUUUUUAAUUUUUUUUUUCCUGAGAUUUUACUCGUGAGGUAAUGUGUAGGUGUUUUGAUGUUUUUACGAGUAUGAGCCAGGCAAGCAGAAAAUUAAUUCUACUUGACCACGGCUGAGAAUCGAACCCGCGACCUUCGCAUUUCUAGAGCGGCGCUCUAUAUAUUUAUAUUUAUAUUUAUAUAUUUAACGACGACGCUCGACAUAUUUUCAUUUAUAUUUAUAUAUUUAACAAUUAUACCAUGAGCUCGAGUCGUAUAUGAGCUGAUAGCCGACGAGGCUAUCAGCCAUAUACGACGAGAGCGAAUGGUAUAAUUGUUUUAUAAUAUAGUCUAAUAGCCGUUAACUGAAGCAAUAAUUAAUUAUCCUCUGUUACAAUGUCUUGAUAAUUUGUUCGGCCAAAAACCGCUUGGUCUUGAAAAUUUGAAAUACUUUUGUUUUACAACUCGAAGACGAAAUGAAAGAAAUGGUUUUAGCUAUCUCACAGAAUAGCUCAGAUAUAUUAUAUUGACUGCAAAUUCAUUUGUCUUUCGUUGCAAACUUUUCUGAGCAAUUUAUAUUCUCACUGAACAUGUUUCUUUCGCUGUUGUUUCGGUAUUAAUUCUUUAAAAAAACUUGUAUUUAAACUAAUUUCUAUGAAAUAAAUGUAUUGAAAUAAAUCUAUGAAAUAAAUCUAUGAAAUAAAUGUUUCAUGCUUAUUUCGCUUCCCAAGAAACACGAAAGGUUAACUUAUACUAGGACAUGCAUUACCCGAAAUUAAAGUUGAGGUGAAAUGCUGAAAUUGAAACUGUUGUUAAUUUUUGUGGAAAAUGGCAAUUUGAAUAAAUGUUUGUCUAACAAUUAUGUUUUCAUUCGUUCUUUUGGCCACAAUAAAACUAUAUAAUCAAGUUUAACCAAAUAAUAUUUGAUAGGCAAUUUUAUGCAAAUUAUUAACAUUGUCAAAUAUGCUUAUUCGAUUUAAAACAUCGAUAGCUCAGUAAAUAUUGCACGGAUAUUCAAAUGUUAUAUAUCAAAUCUAAGUUAGCCCUUCCUUCCGUCGUCUAUCGAUUAGACACGCUUCAAUAUGCCUUUGCAAGAGGAGCGAGCAACGUUUGUACACAAAAGAAGCCUUGUUAAACGAAUAAUUACCAACUUAGAAAAGAAAAUAACUACACUUGUAGUGAAAGAAGUCACGGACUAUGACAUGGUAUGUGCAUGCUAAGUUAUUUCUCAGCGAUAUUCAAGACUUAGAUCGACAGUUUCAAAACAUACACGAACAGGCUAGUGAACUUGCCCUUAAUCUUGAAGAUUCUGAUUUAGUUGAAAAGGAAAUGAAGAAUUAG